CCCUUUCUCCCGCCCAAGCCCAUCACUCCAUUUUCUCGCUGCAGAGUUUCUUUUCCGCCUGUUCAUCCAUUCCAUGCCGGGGCCACUUUACCCGCGUACCGCUCCUCUCGCUAGUACGCCGGUCAGCGUCCCUUUGUUCUAUCGCUUCUCUGUCUCAGUUGGGUUGAGAAUCAUCGCCUUGUUCUGACUACAGGGCAGCGGCAGACGAUCUCGUUCCGACUUCCUAGCGCCCGCGACGACUCCGGAGCUCCCCAGCUCCUAUUGGACCAAGACAUUCAAGUUGGCGGGGGUUAACUACGCCCAGUACUCCUUCAUUCACCCUCUUCUAGGCCCAAAGUUCAGGGUCUUCGGCGGGGGAGACACUCGACCCCCAUAACUGGGCUUUCAGCGUCAUAUGUGACCUGGCUGCCGAAUAGGUGCACAGCAGAUACAGCCGGCCCUUUCCCGAGGGCUAGGCUGAAGGAUAAGGGACCAGGGCCGCAGUUUCGCGACGAGCUUCCCAGCCAUUAACCGUUUUGGAUAAUCCGGACGAGUGAGCGCUUCCGGGCGUUCGCUCCCCCUCCUCUCCCCCCUCCCCCCGAUUGUGAAACUCACACCACCCGUUCUAUCGUACGACGUCGACGAUCCUUCAUUCACAAUGAGUGAAUCACCGAGGUCAGAGAAGUGCCAGACAAGGUACAGCACUCCCGUUCCCGAGCUGGAUGACCAUCGCUUCCAAGCCGAGUCCCUGCCGAGAGCGGACACCAUCGAGAGCAUCGCCGGCAGGCCUCCUAUCCCCCAGGUGGUCACUACGCAACCCGAAGAACCCCGCGAUUUUCAGCAUGUGAGGGAGGCGCUCCUCGACGGCUCCUUGAAAGUUCGCGAUUUUGAACACGCUAUUGUAGAUGACGAUCACUCCAUUCAAGAUCUUGAACGUGCUGGAGGAAGACGAAUGUCUGUGAGCCCUGCUGCGGUUCGCACCCACAGACGCACCCGAACCAAUCAAGACGCAUCGUCGAUUUCUUCCUCCAGGUCAUCCUCUCCUCCGAACUCGGUUGACGCUUUCGCAGAGCCUCGUCGACGCGAACGUGCAAAUACCCUCGAAAGUCAGUGCCCAGCGGACCUCGACGCCCUUCUGCAUCGCACCAUAUCUGCUGGUACACAUCACCGGCGGCCAACCUUUAGUAAUGAAAGUGUCAUUCGGGCAGACAGCGUAGACCCGCGGGUUAACAUGGGAGAGGGUGGAGACGUAUGCUUCCCGCCCCAUGAGGAAUCACGAAAGUCAUCGCUUAUCGACUUUGAGGAGCUGGAAGAGUUCGUGGCCCUUGGGAAAACGGCAAGUCCGCCACCCAAUGGUCCUACUCGGCGCAAGCAUAGCAUGAGCUCACAAAGCAAGCAACCACGAAUCUUUCAUGAUUUGCGCCCUCAUGCUCACAAGACAGAUGAUCCAAUCCCUAUCAUGCGGGGUGCAAGUCCCUUGGAAUCAUCAUCCGAUUUUGUUGAUAAAACAGACAGAGUUGCAAAACAACUUGGCGGAGCUCCUGUGGAUGCGGUUGACGAGAAAAAGCUCUUUGAAAUCCUUCAGAAUGAAAAUGACCCCACACGCUUCAGUUUCUUCUCUUCAGAAUUUGAAAGCACAAUCCAUGCUGCCGAACUAGGGGAUCUGGUCCUUCCAGGCGACAGCUUCCGAGACCUUUUCCAGCUUGGCCCGGAAGGAGGUGUGUGGUGGCUCGACGUUAUUAAUCCAAGUAAGGAUGAGCUUGGGGCAAUAUGCCGUGCAUUUUCCAUCCAUCCUUUGACAGCAGAGGACAUUAUCACCCAGGAAGCCCGUGAGAAGGUUGAGUUGUUCAAGCAGUACUAUUUUGUCUGCUUCCGGACCUUCUAUCAGAUCGACAAAGCUAGUGAACACUACCUGGAGCCUGUCAAUCUUUAUAUGGUGGUGUUCCGCGAAGGAGUACUGUCUUUCUCGUUCAUUGAUAACCCUCAUGCUGCAAAUGUCCGCAAGAGAAUUGGGAAGUUGAGAGAGUAUGUUUCACUUAGCAGUGACUGGAUCUGCUAUGCCAUGAUCGACGACAUCGUUGACAGCUUUGGACCAGUCAUCCGUGAUGUGGAGAGAGAAUCUGAAGCAAUUGAAGACCAUGUAUAUGUUGCCCGUGUGGAAGACUUCAAUGUCUUUCUUCCUCAAAUCGGCGGUCUCCGGAAAAAAGUGAUGAGUUUGAUGCGACUGCUAGGCGGUAAAGCAGAUGUUAUUCGGGGCUUCUCAAAGCGCUGCAAUGAGCAAUAUUCGGUUACUCCGCGUGGAGACAUUGGUCUAUAUCUCGGUGAUAUUCAGGACCACGUUGUUACGAUGAUGUCCAAUCUUGGCCAUUUCGAAAAAAUGCUCAGCCGAGCCCACAGCAACUAUCUUGCCCAGUUGAAUGUGACCAACAUCAUGUUGGGCAAUGAUGUGAAUAGGAUCUUGAGCAAGAUCACCUUCUUGGGAAGUAUUUUGGUUCCAUUGAACCUGAUUUGUGGUCUUUUUGGAAUGAACGUCCCUGUGCCUGGUGGUGAAGGGGGCAGCUUGUCCUGGUUCUUUGGCAUCCUUGGUGUCAUUGGAGCCAUCAUGGUCAUUAGUGUUGUGUUAGCACGGCGGUAUAAACUGCUGUGAAGCUAACAUAUCCGCUGGCGGUUGUCCCUGACAGGUGCAGGUCAUUCCUCAACUCCAUUCAUGGAUAAAUUCCGUUGCUUGCUUUUUAAUUCUGCUAAAACUUGUCUUUCGUGUUUAUAUUAUUGACAUUGACUUUACUUGUUUAUGUUGUAAUUAAUUGGUUCAUCAAGCUCUUCGACAUAGAUGCAGCUAUACAAUGCCAACCAAUAAACUGCCGAGAGAGCAAUGCAAAAGCAAUCUAUCCAGU